CACCAGGACACCAGGAUGUCGGACGCCGAAGAGCAGGAAUAUGAGGUCCCUAGGGAGCAGCCUGAAGAAGAGGAGGCUGCGGAGGAGGAGGAGGAAGGUGAGGCCCUGGACUCCGCAGCUCCCCAAAUCCUCGCUUCUCCUCCCGCCCCCUCCCCAGCCCCCGAGGAGCCGGAGCCGGUGGCUGAGCGAGAAGAGGAGCGCCCCAAACCAAGCCGGCCCGUGGUACCUCCGCUGAUCCCCCCAAAGAUCCCAGAGGGGGAACGUGUGGACUUCGAUGACAUCCACCGGAAGCGCAUGGAAAAAGAUCUGCUGGAGCUGCAGACGCUCAUUGAUGUGCAUUUUGAACAGCGGAAGAAAGAGGAAGAGGAGCUUGUGGCGCUAAAAGAACGCAUUGAGCGGCGCCGGUCGGAGAGAGCUGAGCAACAGCGCUUCAGAACCGAGAAGGAGCGCGAGCGUCAGGCUAAGCUGGUGGAGGAGAAGAUGCGGAAGGAAGAGGAAGAGGCCAAGAAGCGGGCUGAGGACGACGCCAAGAAGAAGAAGGUUCUGUCCAACAUUGGGGCCCACUUUGGGGGCUACCUGGUCAAGGCAGAACAGAAGCGGGGUAAGCGCCAGACAGGGCGUGAGGCGAAAGUGCGCGUCUUGUCGGAGCGUAAAAAGGCUCUGAACAUCGACCACAUGGGAGAAGAACAGCUCCGGGAGAAGGCCCAGGAACUGUCGGACUGGAUCCACCAUUUGGAGUCCGAGAAGUUUGACCUGAUGGAGAAGAUGAAGCAGCAGAAAUAUGAGAUCAAUGUUCUGUACAAUCGCAUCAGCCACGCCCAGAAGUUCCGGAAGGGGGCCGGGAAGGGCCGCGUUGGAGGCCGCUGGAAGUGAGGAUCUGGGCGCUGCCCCCCGACCCCCCUCCAGGCACCCGGGAGCCCUGGGAGUGUGUGUCCCAUCUGUGGCUUGAAAUAAAUGCUCCCCCUGCAGCA